AUGGACGCAGUGCAGCAGCAAACAGUAAACAACAACAUCGACAGCGACAAAUGCCAAAAGCUGAAGAGAUUCGUAAUCGUUGGCCUGCUGAUCACCAUUGGCAUUUUGAGUUGGCAUUUUUACGAGUACUUCCACAGCAAACCGUUGCCCAGAACGCCCGACGAUGUCUUGACCCUCUCCAAGAAUCUCUAUGCGGAAGAGACUGAGGUCAGUCCGUAUCUUUACAAGGUGAAUCUCCAGGGAAAGACCACAUCCGGCGCCCACGAUGACCGGGCCCCAAAGAAUCUCUUUGAAUUACACCAAGAUCUGCUGGCUAGAGAUGCCAAUUCCACGACAGCUCUUCUCAUGCGUCUAUUUGACAAUUACGAACUGGAUGUGGCUGUGGCUGAGGUCUCCACCCCAGAGCACCUGCAGGAGCAGCAUGACUUUCUCAGGACGGUAAUGAAUACUCGAGUGAUGAAGUUGACCAUGCGAUAUUUGGUAAACAAAGAUAUUGUGAGCACUGAAUAUGAUGAUCAACUGCGCCUGCUGCAGGACCUCUGGUUCACACCCUACUCCCGGGGUCGUGGCAUAGUGGGUAGUUCCAGCUUUGAGCAUGUCUUCAUGGCAGAGCUUCGAGAUCAAAAGGUCCUGGGACUGCACAAUUGGUUAUACUUUGCUGACCAGGAGCAGCGAGGCAAUGUGGACUACAAGGGCUGGUUGAGUCAUCAGGAAAUGGGAAAGAAAAACCAAAUGCUACUCAGUGUGCGGCACACGUUCCACAACAUUCGGAAGCCGGUCAAUGGUUUCUUUGUGGGCACGUCGCCGGAGCUGGAGUUGAGCCUGUACACCGGCUGCUUCCUGACAACGGCGGAGGAGGAACCCUGUCACAUUCAGCUGGGACGAGCUCAUGCCACCAUAGUUUCACACGGAUGGAACUGGAAUGGGAUGCGGCUGAUAGCCACCGCUUAUCCCGAGGGCUCCUAAAUCAUCCUACUCACUCCACAAACACAAUAAAACUAGUUACAAUCA